AACUCGGUGAAGUUUGUAUGCAUAGCAGAAAACUCAUCAUCAUCCAUCUGUGUUGAUUAGAUAAUUGGUGGCAAAGCUGCUUCUAUUCGCAAACAUGGAACGAUGGCCUUGGCUUUGAAUGGUCACAAGUGGACAGCUUAAUUAUUCCCAUUCGCUCGUGACGUAAGAAAAAAAUAUAGAUCGACGGUCGGGUCAAUUGGCAGAUUUGCAGAAUUUAAGUGGAACAGAGAUGUAUUAGUAAUACUGCAACGACGUUUAUGACAAAAUAAUUUGGAAACUUAAUAUUUGUUUCGUAAAGGUGAAAAACGGAUCGUGUCUAUUUUUUUUUUGGAAAUAUUUAGUAGAACGAAUGAAGUGUUUCAGUUCGUUUCAUGAGAAGCAUAUAAAUUGGUGAAUACUGGUUUUGCAUAUUUUUUAUGCAAAUCAUUUGUAAAUACUUAAUAAUGGAACAUUGAACAAGCAAAAUUUGCAAUUGUCACGUAAGUAAAGAAUUUGUCGGGGUGGAGGAAGUCGAUACAUUUGGUGGACAUGUGCUUGUGACCUCUUGGCCUCCAUAUUUCCCGAAAAGUAUUAGGGUUCACUCUCCACGCGGACAAAUAAUCAUGACUCAAGAAUUUCUGCAGAAUGAAAAUUACUUUGAUUGCAACGAGCAAAUAGAAAAAUUUGGGGGUACUCAAGUAAACAGCUUAAUUUGGAGGUUUAGCAAAAGCUAAAUUUUUCCGUACCAUUUAUCGUUAAGAAUUGCAACUAGUUUUGCAGAAACAUUUUGGCUAAAUACACAUAAUCCUUCUUGCUGGAGUUUCGAAGUUAAAAUUUUGUUUUAAAUUUGAAACCUGGUAAAUUAGAUGUGCAGCAAAGUGGAGUUAAGAUUUUGCAAAAAUCUUUUUCCCCAUUUUUUUCAAGACUCGACGUGAGUUUGCCGACGUCUAAACUUUCAAACUUGACGUUUGCUAACAUCAAAAAACCUCACUCCUUGAACAAACAAUGAUUCAUGGAAAAACCUACGUAUCUGAUAUAAAAGUGGGUAUCGUGGCAUGAAUACAGCUUCCUGACAAUUUUCUCGGCAGAAGGAAAGUUUCCAUUUUUUUGAGACAAAAGUUAACAAAUUUUCAAUAUAAAUUUGAACAUGCGAAGAUUUCCGAACUUUGUACUUUUGAUCGUACUGAUUGUGGGAAAGGUUUCCUGUAAAGAUAGCACCGGAGGAGUCGUCAAGUAUCAAAACCCACCGAAAAUGUAUUCUCACCACAGGAUGAAGACUAAUAAAAGACUACAUAGUUUUGUGAACGUGACCACCAUAAUUACGCCACCGGAAGUGAGGAAAAGGACGCUACCAGAAACGAGAACGGAGACGCCACCAACUUGGAUAAGCAGUCAAGGCGAUUGGCUACCCGUUCCUCAAAACCCAAGUUAUCCACCUCCUCCGACUUAUCAUCAUUAUGUUAACCCUACCAGUGAAACUGCAAGUGGAGCUUAUCCUCACGCCUACGUUGACGACCAGGGUCAACUUGCAACCAACGCUUUGGCUCCGUACCGUAUCCCAGUAGAAAAUUACUAUGUCCCAGAAUCUCCCAACUUUCAAUAUGACGUUACACCCACCUUAUCAUCAGAUUUGGGACCACAUUAUCGACGACAAUUUUUGACGCAUCCAUCAGGCAAGGUGUGUGACGGGAAGAAGAACUUGGUCGACGAUUUUGGCAUCGUGUCCCUCAUUUUGUCCGCAUUCUCGACAUUUGUCGGAUUCAGUUUGGAUUUGGUGUUGUCGUUUAAGGCCAACGCGGUGGCCAUAAUAGCGAAAAUUUUCAGUCUUAUCUUCACCCUGCCGUCGUCCUACAUCUCGGCGAUCAACGUGGCGAAUCCGUUCACUUAUCUGUUCUCGAACGGGUUGAAUAUCUUAUCGAUUGCGACUACACUCUUCGGAACGGGAGCUGGCGUCUCCGUCGGAAACUUGAGCUUAGGGAUUGACAUACUUUUCGAAAUUUUGGGAAUUUACGGCCUCUUUUUAUCCAUUUUUUCCACCUUUCCCGACCUUUUUGACGAGGUGGUUGAGGCCGCGUUCGUGUGGGGGGUUGGGCCCCAGGUGAAAAACUUUAUUGAAACUUACGGCUGUCAAAAUCCGUACUAUGAACCGACAAGUAUUAUAUAAAAAAAAUUGUAUAAAUUUGAACGCCGAUGUUUGAACUAUGCAAAGUUGCAAAAGUUGUUUCACGAUUGUUAUUAGUUUAUUAACUCAAAGAAUUAAAUAUGAGAAGACCAGUAUAUUUUAUAAAAAUAAAUUAUGAAAGUUUGUAAACUGAAUGAUUUUUGCAAAGUCUUGAUAAUUUUAUAACUAUUAUAUCGAUGUUUUAGCCCAGUGAAAUUUACACAAUUAUUUAAUAAAGGGCUGAUUUUGAGUAA